UCCAAACGUUCGCUAGCGCCACCUACCUAUCAACUUUCAAAUGUCAUUCGCUUUCGGACUAUUCUCGCUAACGUACAAAGGCGCGCGCGUCCUUGUUAAUUCGGGACUUCAACACUUUCUUAUCAUCCACUAUCUUCGACUAUCGCUGCCAGCAUCUAUACUUGAAACCGCCGAUAAGACCUAUGGAGCCAGGAGCGGGGUACCCCAAAUAGGAGAAUCCUGCAUCGACCGUAUUCAACGCAUGGCUGAUUGCAUUGACAAUGAAGCAGAGUUUCGAUCGAGGGAAUUGAAUAAUAUUAAGAAACAGUUUCACUCAGUUCAAAGUAAAAUAGAAAAACACUUAGCAAAAAAGGGUGAGUUUAACCAUGAAGACCAAUUAGCCAUUCGCGAUAAAUUUGAUAACUUAUGUUAUGUUGUUCAAAUUGUAUUAGACAAUUCAAAAAUUAAUAUCAGAAAAAAUAGUUCGGUUCAUGUAACAACACCUCCUUUAUUUCAUCGUCAUCCAACGAAGAUAAAACUACCUACUAUUUCACUGCCUACUUUUAGCGGCAAUGUUACUGAACGGAAUGUAUUCUACGACUUGUUCAAGUCUUUAGUUCACGAUUAUGAAGAAUUAUCUGAUGUGCAACGUUUUCGUUAUUUAUUGUUGUCAUUACGUGAUGAACCGUUAAAUCUAAUAAAAUCUUUUCCCGUAACCGAUUCGAAUUAUCAAAAUGUUAAUAAAUCGUUACGACAAUAAGAGGAUUAUUGCAACGAAACACUUCGACAGAAUAUUCGAUGCCAAUCCAUUUAACGAUAAAAAUUAGAACAUAGUCUAAGAGACAUGAUCAAUUUAUGCCACGAUAAUUUAACUGCCUUAAAAUCGCUAGAUUUACCAGUUCAACAGUGGAGUUUUCCACUUUUAAAUAUUUUACUUCGUAAAAUAACUCCUAGUAUUCGCAGACGUUUCGAAUUAUGUUUAAAAUCUUCAAGUGACAUUCCGCUUGUUAGUGAUUUUGGACUUCCUUGAGAAGGAGUUAGCAGCCUUAGAGGUGAUGUCCGCUGCUAAGCACAGUGCACGUCUCACAACCAUGUCCGAUACCUCGCGCCAGCCUACUUCUGUCACUCGUAGCGGCACCAGCCCAGCCUAUGCUGACUCAUCGACGUGACCUGCUAAUGCUACGCGCCCAUCUUUCUC